AUGCAUGUGGUGAGGAAUUAUGGAGGACAAUUAUUAACGGGUUUCAAUGAUUUGAGAAGGAGAAAGCAAGUUGACUCUCAUAAUCUCAACAUUAAUCAUGGUGAUCAACAAUUAGCCAAGAGAUUAAAUCUUAUUGAUCUUGUUGGAAUCGGUGUUGGAACCACAAUUGGUGCAGGGGUAUACAUCCUCAUUGGGACUGUUGCAAGAGAACAGACAGGACCUGCCCUUCCUCUUGCUUUCUUGAUAGCUGGUAUCGCGGCUGCAUUGUCUGCAUUAUGCUACGCAGAGCUUUCUUGUCGUUGCCCUUCAGCUGGAAGUGCUUACCAUUAUUCAUACAUAUGCCUUGGGGAAGCUGUUGCUUGGAUAAUUGGCUGGGCUCUAAUACUGGAGUAUGCCAUUGGUGCUUCAGUUGUUGCUCGUGGUGUUACCCCAAACCUGGCCUUAUAUUUUGGGGGAGAGGGCAGUCUACCGGCAUUUCUUACUCGUCAUACUGUAUACAACAUUGUAGUUGACCCCUGUGCCGCAGCCUUGGUCAUCAUAGGCACGGUAAUCAUGUGCACUGGAAUCAAGGAAAGUUCACGCGUUCAGACAAUUGUUACAUCUAUAAAUGUUUGUGCUCUGAUUUUGGUAAUUGUCGCUAGUGGCUAUCUUGCCUCCAAGAGUGGAUGGGUUGGAUAUGAACUUCCUAGAGGAUACAUACCUUUUGGUGUCAAUGGAGUGCUUGGUGGGUCUGCAACUGUAUUCUUUUCGUAUAUUGGUUUUGAUUCAGUUACCGCCACUGCUGAGGAGGUUAAAAAUCCUAAGAAAGACUUACCCUUGGGAGUAGGGAUCUCGUUAUCUCUGAGUUGUAUACUCUAUAUGCUUCUUUCUUUUGUUGUAGUUGGGUUAGUUCCUUAUUAUGAUUUGGAUAAGGACACCCCAAUUUCAUCAGCUUUCUCGGAGUAUGGGGUAGAAUGGGCAGCGUUAGUCACAACAACUGGAGCAGUUAUGGCUCUGCUUGCAGCUUUGAUGGGGUCACUUCUUCCUCAGACUCGAAUUCUAAUGGCGAUUGCGAGAGAUGGGUUGCUACCAUCCUUCUUUUCGGAGAUUGAUAGACAUACUCAAGUUCCCGUUAAGGGAACAAUAGCAACUGGUAUUCUUGCUGCUACAAUAGCCUUUGUCAUGGAUGUCUCAGAGUUGGCAGGAAUGGUUAGUGCAGGUACAUUGCUCGCAUUUACAUCUGUUGCAGCAUCUGUAUUAGUCAUCAGAUAUAUUCCACCAUGUCAACUACCUCUCCAACCAUAUGCAUGUGCUGGUGAUUCAUCCAUUACUACACGAGGCCAUGGUGAUCACAAUGUGCUAGGAACUGAUGAGGAAAUUAUCAGAGGUCCAUUUACAUUGCUGGAGGAUGAUGCCCGAGCUUUAAUACAGAAUCAUGGAGCAUCAGUUGACCAAGAAGCAUGUCUAGAAAACCAAAAGGGGAAAAGAAGACGGAAAUUGGCACUUUGGUUCUUAACUAUUAUUUUCAUAGGUUCUAUUUUGCUUACAUCUUCUGCUUCAACAGAUUGGGUUUCCAGCCCCUAUCGUGUAACAUUUUUCGGAAUUGGUGGUGCAAUUUUUUCGGUUGGGACGAUCGGCCUUGCAUUUAUAGGUGAAGAUGGUGCAGCAGGUUUUUUCGGUAACACAGGAGGUUUCACUUGUCCAUUUGUUCCAUACUUGCCAAUUGCAUGCAUACUUUUGAAUACGUACCUUCUCAUAAAUCUUGGCACUGGCACUUGGAUUCGUGUUUCAGUUUGGCUUCUAAUAGGAGCUAUAAUUUACCUUUUCUAUGGUCGAACACACAGCUUAUUAUUUAAUGUAUCAUAUGUGUCUGUUAUGCACACGGAAGAUAUACAUUCUCCCUAAUCAAACUUUCCUUAGCUUUCAUUCAGGCUAAAUAUGCCAAAGGAAACAACAAAACUUUGCUAAACUUCCUAGGUUUAUAUUAUUUUAUUGAUGAAAUGUUGUUGACUUGUUGUAUAUUAACGGUCCUGUGCAUACAUAUUGGAAAAAGUUAUCACCAAAAAGGUUAAUGUGUCAAUGUGUGCAAACAGCAGUUUAAUGUAAUGUAUAUUUGUUCUUAAAACCUUAUUC